AUGGAUCAAAUCAAAGUUUUUUCGCCCGGGACCAUCGCCAACGUAUCUUGCGGAUUCGAUGUGUUGGGGCUGGCAUUGGAAACCCCUGGCGAUGUUAUGGUGGUUAAAAAAAUUGAUGCCCCCCUGGUGCAAAUAAUUCAUUUGGAUGCCUACAAUUUGCCCACCGAUCCAGAACAAAAUGUAGCAGGGAAAGCCGCUUUGGCCAUCAUUGACGAUCUAAAGCUGGAUUAUGGGUUUGAAAUUACCAUUGAUAAAGGCAUUCAUCCCGGAAGUGGCAUUGGUUCUAGCAGUGCCUCGGCAUCUGGGGUGGUAUUUGCCAUCAACCAAUUAUUGGAUACACCGCUUUCUGAAGCCCAACAAAUGCAUUAUGCCAUGAUAGGCGAAUAUGUGGCAUCGGGUUCUUACCAUGCCGACAAUGUAGCACCCGCUUUGAUUGGUGGCAUUGUAUUGAUUCGUGGAUAUGGCCCAUUGGAUUAUUUAAAAAUUCCCGUGCCCAACGAAUUAUGGGCCACCGUAAUUACGCCCAAAAUUCCCAUACGAACCUUUGAUGCCCGUAGGGUAUUAAAAUCCAAAGUAUUAUUGACCGAUGCCAUUCAGCAAUGUGGCAAUUUGGCUGGUUUUAUUGCGGGGCUAUACACGGCCAAUUUUGGGUUGAUUUCUCGAUCAUUGGUGGAUGUUUUGAUUGAACCCCAACGGGCUGUUUUAAUUCCCGAAUUUUACGCCCUAAAACAAGCCGCACUAGAAGCAGGCGCAUUGGGUUCGGGCAUAUCGGGAUCGGGGCCAUCGGUAUUUGCAUUAUGCCAAGGAGAAUCCAAGGCCAUUGCCGUGAAAACCGCUCUAAAUGAGGUAUACCAAGAUUUGGGUAUUCCCUACGAAAUCAAUGUUUCAAAAAUCAACAACCAAGGGGUUAAAAUACUAGAAUAA